UAGUAAAAUGUAAUUAAAUACCAUGAAAAUUUAACAAGCAAAAAUUGCAUGAUAUUCAUUAAAAUAAAUAAAUAAAUAAUAAAUCAUAUGUGAUCCCAAUAAAUCUAUUUUUAAACCCUUCAAAAAAAAGUGAACAUAUUUUUUUAUGAUUUACACCGCGGAUGUUUUGAUUCGUAGAUUUAAAGCAUCACCCAAUCGCGCUACCGCCAGCGUUAAAGGUCAAUGGUCACCAAACACUGGCCAUCACAGCUAUACAAUGAUUACCGAUCUUUCGACGUGCUUCCAGUAGAGACAUCACCCGUAAUAAAUAAUCAAAUGAACGUUCACUCAGAUCCCCAGUAUUAUUUCGAACCAAAUCUCUUAUCUCACAGUAACCCAAAUUUAGGAGGCCCCGGUCUGGCCGAAGGUACCAGCGACCGCGAAAAAUAUAAGGCCCAUAAUAAACGGGGUAAUAAUGAAGGAGGCGUUCAUAACAAUGGAGAUGAUGACCAUGUGAGGAGCCCCGCUGUCAAUACGCAACCGCUCUUUUUUGUUUGCGAUGAUACAUCAUCAUUUAGUCAAAAAAUUUGUAGAAACCAACCAUCGAUGAACGUAGAAUCCAUCAACUCGAUUAACGUCAAAAAAGAAAUGACAGGCAUAGACAGCGACGACUUCAAUAACUUUUACCAAGACUUUGGGCGGAAUAAUCAAAAUCAAUUAAUGCAUCAAGGUAACAACAUUUCCUCUAUUUCGAUCGAUAGAACAAUCGAUUCUUCUACGAGCCCUAUGGCCUUUAUAACAACUUGUGUUACUGUAUGCGAUAAUUCGUUAAUUGACACGGCUCCUUGCUUGUAUCCUUAUUCGGCCCUCUACCCAUACCCGUAUUCACUCCUGCAAAACCCAUCAUCCAAGAUUCACAGUAUUAACCCUUUAUAUUCAUCUUCCUCUUCUUAUUCGGCAUCAUUGGACUAUACUCAACCUAAGAGCAAAUUCAGCGACAUUACAACUAUCCACCAUAAACAACCGAGGUCUAUCGGUGAAAUAAAGCCAGAAUCACAAUCUGAUUCGCCUUACAAUAUCCCUAACGCGAAAUCGCUGUCAUCUGACUUGCCACCCGCUUACAAUAAGUACAACAACGAUAUACAGGAAUACUGUUCUUCAAGGUUCCAAAAUACCCAGGAUCCAUCGAUACACCAUCAUAUCUUGCACUACAAGAAUCAAAACGAGUACCAUCCCCUUUAUGCUCCCUCUUCCAACAAUCGCACCAAUGACCCAUACCAUUUAGCCAACGCUAGAAUGGCACACUAUAACCAUCACAGAGUUAAUAGUCAAGCUUCGCCAUAUUAUCUGAGCGGUUUGAAUUCCAACGAUUGCCCGACCCAUCACCACGUCAAUUUUGGCAAUUUUUUUUACAACAAUUAUCCACCGUCGCCUCAUCACGCCCCUUCUAGGUACAAUAAUAACACCUGGCCCUACCCAACUCAAAUGACUCAAGAGCCUUCUCAUUUGCCUACAUUGCAUCACCACCAUCACCCCAACCCUUAUUACAUGCCUUCCAACAAUCAAUGCCUCAACGAAAAUUCGGCCGAACCUUCUUAUAAUUUAAAUUCUUCUAACAUAAUUCUUCACCCUGUACAAAAUCACGAGGGCCCAUUUUCCAAUAAUAACGUCAGUAACAUAUACGGCAGUGGUCGCGAUAACGACCUACCAUUACCCUUCCAUCCGGAUAACAAAGUGGGCGAAGAAGAAGGAGGGUUGGAGGCCUCCCCUGACUCUUCUCACCUAUCCUCCGCCUCCGCUUUACAUCAAAAGGUGCCCCCUUACUGUAUUGACGGCGAAUUAACUUAUUACCAAAGACGCGAUGACAGAGGAGGGUGUCACAAUUUAACCUCCCUAGAUGAUAACUGUGAUCCAACUAAUAAACCCGUGACCCGAUGCGUAAAGGAAGACCCACUCAAGGGAACUAUUAAAAUCAAAUCUUCCCCAGUGGUUUACACCGAAUACUCUAAUUACGGGAAUUACAUUAGUAAUGAUGGUAAGAGACAUCGGAACAAUAUGUUACUGUUUCAGUCAACGAGAGACGACGGAGAAGAUGAAAAUAACCAAAAUUUGCCUCAUUCCGAAUUUCGAUCGGCUACCGGUAUCAAUGACGAUAGUUAUAACGAAGCCGGUAACGCUUCCCAAUCUUCUUGCAAUUCUCCGGAAUGGCCUACCAACGGUAACAACCGCAAGAAACGACGACCUUACACCAAAUACCAAACUCUGGAGCUCGAGAAAGAAUUCCUCUAUAACGCGUACGUUUCCAAGCAAAAACGCUGGGAAUUGGCGCGAAAUCUCAACCUGACGGAGAGGCAAGUCAAAAUUUGGUUUCAAAACAGGCGGAUGAAAAACAAGAAGUCUAGUCAAAAGAACGGCAUGCUAUUAGCGGGUGACGGCGGUGGCCAUCAUCAUAACAAUAGCAGCAAUAAUAGCUUUAACGACAAUGGUCACCAAGGUAUGUUAAACCACCACAAUAGCGAUAUCAGUAUUACGGAUUCACUAUCCAAUUUAUCUCAUAUGAUUUAUUAAAUAUUUUUAAAUAAAAAAAUAAUUAACGCCAAAAUAUACUCAAUUUUAUAUUAUAUUUAUAAUAAUAAAUAAAUUUAUUACAACUUAAAAUAAUUUUCUUUUAAACUUUUGUAAAUUUUUUGCUUUUUUUUUUAACCUUCUCCUCUCGCUAAAACAACGAAAGCGUAUAAUAAUUAUUUUUUGUUUGUCACCCAUUUAAAAAAAAUGUAAAUUUUUAUAAAAAUUCGUUGAAAUUUAUUGCUGGCCCAAGUAGCCAUCUCCCAAUUGCCAAAUCAAAGAUAGUAAAUCAAGAAUUAGAUAAUUUUCCCUACUUCUGACAAAUAGAAAAUUUUAAAAAUUAUAACCACCAAAAAAAACAUAAACCCUUUUUAUUUUAUUUUUAUUAUAAAGAAAGGUCUUUUAAAACGCAUUUUAAAGUGUUGGCUUGGCUCAAAAAAGCCUUCUAUUAAGUUUCUAAGAAGAUAGCAAUAUUCUUUAUAUUUUGUGCAAAAAGAAUGUGAUACAUUAAAUAAUUAAAAUAAAACAUUAUUUUUUUUUGUUGACAAAUAAAAAAUAAAAUUUUUAUUUAUUAUUAUUAAUUUUAUUGAUUUUUUUUAAAGUUUUAACCCGCCACCAUUUUUAGCAAGAUUAUUCUUCAGAAUUUAAUUUUUUUUUAAACCUAUCGUUUUUUUGUAUUUUUUUUUUUUUGCAAUUAGAAAAGACAAUUUUUGUGUUUUUUUUUUAUCGAUCCUCCUUCUGUAACCCUAACACCUAAGUGUU